ACGAUAGGUAACCGCAGUAGCGUUAGAACUUUUCCUUUCUUUAUGCGUAUUUUCCGUCGUACGGUGCGCCGUGAAAAAGUGAAUGAAAAUAGUGUCACUAAAGUUAGUGAAGUUUCCGGAAAAGUAAUUGAUUAAAAGUGUGGAAAAAUCGUGGAAAAGUCUCUAUACCUACUAUUAGGGGAUUAGUGCAUUUGUGAAGCAAGUAUAUCCGUGUGAUUGUUGUGAUUUUGGACCGGAACCUGCGACGACAUGGAAGCCGCCAACAACGGAGAACGGCAUCCGGCCGAGCUGAAGAAACAGAUGCGCGAGGAUAAGCAGCGGGAGGCCAAGAUACAGGAACAGCUGAACAAACAGCUAAAUGGUUUGUCGUUGGAGGAAAAAUUCAAUCUGGUGUACAAGCGGCUGGUCGAAUCGGAGAAAGAAAACAAACGACUGGUGCAGCUGCACAAGCAGUACGAGCGCAGCAUGGAAGCGACCAAGAAGGAACGCGAGAAUAUGAUUCUCGAGCACAGCAAAACGGCCAACACCAAAAGCAAACUGGAACAGCUGUGCCGAGAGCUACAGAAACAGAACCGCAUGAUCAAGGACGAAAGUAUGGCCCGGAUCAAGGAAGAGGAGGAGAAGCGCCGCGAAACGCAGGCCAAGUUCCAGAAGUCGUUGAACGAAAUCCAGGCCGUGAUGGAUGAGAACAACCAGAAGAACCAGCAGCUGAAGGACGACAAUAUGGAGAUGGCUAAGAAGUUCAAGUUCAUCCUAGAACAGUACGAGUUGAGGGACCAGCAGAUGGACAAGAUGAACAAGCAGAUGGAUUUGGUUACGCAACUGAACGAGGCAAAACUCGCCAAAGCUAACAUGGAAGCAGCUGCCGAGAAGGAGAAAUUCCUAGCUGAGAAGGAGAUCAUUAUCAACGAAUUGACCAAGGUGAAGAAACAACUGGCGGACUUGCAGAUGGUUGAAGUGCAUCUGCGUGAGCAGGUCAACAUGUAUUCGGACAAAUACGGCGAGUUUCAGGAUUCGCUCAAGAAGAGCCACAACAUCUUUGUCGGUUACAAAGGCGACAUGGAGAAGAUGUCCAAGAAAAUUCGAACCCUGGAAAAAGAAACCAUCACCUGGAAGACCAAGUGGGAACGAAGCAACGCUGCUCUGAUAGACUUGAUGUCCGAAAAGCAGGUCCGCGACGAGCACAUCAUGAAAACCGCUCGCCAACUGUUCCAGCUGCAGAAACUCUGUCGAACGCUGCAGAACGAACGCACAGCUUACUUCAAAGCCCUGGAAGAUAACAAAGUGGAAAUUCCGCAAAUCGUCGAAGUGCCCAGUCAAAUGCCAGAACCCGAGCCGCUUCCGGUCCCAACCAAGAAGCAAGAGGAUCGUCUCGAAAUCAUGACCAAGAGUUGUUCAGCUCUGAAGGAAAACCUCGCCGCCUUGCAGGGCCAACUGAGUGCGAUCCAGAAUGUUGAGCCGAAAAAAGAGGAUACCCCUGCUUCGGUCAAUGGGCAGACACAGCCGCAAGGCAAAAAGGGUAAGAAGGACAAGAAGGGCAAGGGCGCGAAGACGGUGGAACCUGAACCGGAAGGCAACCAGAAGACUAAUGGUGUUGAGGGUGAUAAUUCGAUUCCCGCUGUUGAAGCAGCGGCACCACCACAAGCGGAGGAACUCAGCAAGGCGGCCGUUGAUGAGACUCUGGCAGAGGAGCCAAAACCAGAAUCCACCGAAGAAGAGAAACCUGCCGCUGUCGUCGAAACAACUGAAUCAAAGGACGAACAGCCUCAACCCGCCUCGGAAGCAGUACAACAAGCGGAACCAGCCGAGGUAGUCGCCACGUAGACACUGUAAGUGAAUCCAUUUCAUUCAACCGUUCACUUGUACUUGUCUGCGUUUAACCAUUUGUACCAUAUCUGGCACGGACAUUUACAAAACCAAGAACACAAACGAACUGUGCAUGCACUGUCCCCCAUGUAGCUUUUACGUCGAUCGAUUACAAUCAAAGACCUGCAAGCCCGGACUUCCGCGUUUUGGGUUUGCCAAUUAUUUAUUUAUUAAUCAACGUGUCUCAACGUACGUAAUCAAUAAAAAUAAGAUAGUUUUGAA